CUGUAAUAGCCAUUGCUUGCAUUUUGUUUUCGGUAGCCCGUACAACCAUUGCGUACGCCAGAUCUACAUCCGAGCGAUACCCUCGCUUCCUGCAUCACUCCACACACGAACAAUCAACUGCACCGAUGAUACAUCGCACUCCACCCGGCCCCAGCCCGGCCAAUCAACCGUCCAGCAAGCAACUUCAAAGCAAAACUAGGGUUCGCUCGGUGCAUGUGUGCGGUAAUGUGUUCACCAUAUGAUACGGCCGGCCGUUCCCUCUUCCCGGCCAAAGAGCGUCCGGAUGCGCUGUAUGUGUGUAGGAUAAACUAUCAACCCACAGAUCGCCCAUUCCGAUCGUCUUCCCCGUACAACGAAGGCGUUUGGGAACGCUUCGGUACUGCCAACGUCGACACUUCCUGUUGGCUGACGAUGCCCGCUAGCCGGCAGGCAAGCGUUGGAAAUGUGUUAUGAUCGUUAUCAAGCUGAACAGCCGCGUUGGCUUCCAGACGCGCAAGAGACGCGCAAGAUCGGUUGCGAGAACGACCCGAACCAGUACACGUACGCACGCCGCACCGAGAGGGCAACGAUCAACGCUCGACAGCGCAUUGCUGUACACCAUAUGUCAACGCAACUGUGGCCCGAGCAAAGCGUAGGACGUGUGUGCCCAAGACUCCGGAAGCUGUGCUGAGUCCCCUGCAAAGAGUGUGAAUAGAAUGACUCCACUUGGCAAGAUGUCAUCGGUUUGGCUGACCAGUGUUUCGGUCUUCCUGCUGCUGCUGCUACAGCAACCACCGGUAGACGGUGAGCUAUUUACCGCAUUGGCUGACAUGGAGGAACUGCUAGAAACGGAAGCCGUACUCAUCACCAAUCUCGACAACUAUGUCCAAGCGCAGGAAGAAAAGCUGAUGCAGUUACGGCAAAAAAUGCACGAGUACCGGCGCGAGCAUGCGGAGGCGGCAAGGGACGUCAGUGCCUACCUGUCAAACCCGGUCAAUGCGUUUCUGCUGACCAAGCGGCUCACCACCGACUGGCGGUACGUGGAGAACCUGAUGACGUACGAGGUGGGGAAAGAGUUUCUCGAGAACGUCACCGCCUACCGAAGCGUGCUCAAGUUUCCGUCGGACGAGGAUCUGAACGGUGCGGCGGUGGCGCUGAUGCGCCUGCAGGACACCUAUAACCUCGACACAGCCAGCCUCGCCCGUGGCAUGCUGAACGGAGUGCAGUACAGUACUGAGCUGUCGGCGGGCGACUGUUUCGAGCUGGGACGGCAGAGCUACCUGAACGGAGACUACUAUCACACCGUGCUGUGGAUGCGCGAGGCGAUGGACCGGCUGACGGGCGAGGUGAACCGUACCGCCACCAAGGAGGAUGUGCUCGAGUACCUCGCGUUCUCCACGUUCAAGCAGGGCAACAUACAGACUGCACUCUCGAUGACAGAGGAGCUGCUGGAGCUGGUGCCAGAUCAUGAGCGGGCCGUCAGCAACAAGGCGUACUACGUGAAGGAGCUCCAGAAGGAGGCCCAGCAGAAGAUACUGCGCGGUGACGACGGUAGCGAGGAGGUACCGGUUGACACGACCACGAAGAUCCAGAAGGAGGCGACACCACAUGUGUACGACACCAACGAGCGCAAGCUGUACGAGCAGCUGUGCCGGGGCGAGCAGCAGCCACCGAUCGAGCUACGCUCGCAGCUGGUCUGCCGGUACACCACCAACAGCUCGCCGUUCCUACGCAUCGGGCCGCUCAAGCUCGAGGAAGCGUACCUGCGCCCGUACAUCGUCAUCUACCACGACGUAAUGUCGGACCGGGAGAUCGAGCGUAUCAAGCAUUACGCCCGGCCCCGGUUCCGCCGGGCGACGGUGCAGAACUAUAAGACGGGCGAGCUCGAGUUCGCCAACUAUCGCAUCAGCAAAUCGGCCUGGCUGAAAGACGCGGAGGACGAGAUGAUACGCACGAUCAGCCAGCGGGUUGAGGACAUGACCGGGCUGACGAUGGAAACGGCCGAGGAGCUGCAAGUGGUAAACUACGGCAUCGGGGGCCAUUACGAGCCGCAUUUUGACUUUGCCCGCCGCGAAGAGCGAAACGCGUUCAAGAGCCUCGGCACGGGCAACCGCAUCGCAACCGUGCUGUUCUAUAUGAGCGACGUAACGCAGGGUGGCGCCACCGUGUUUCCCUCGCUGAAUCUUGCCCUGUGGCCCCGCAAAGGGACGGCCGCCUUCUGGUUCAACCUGCACGCUUCGGGCCGGGGUGACUACGCGACGCGGCAUGCCGCCUGCCCGGUGCUGACCGGUACCAAGUGGGUGUCGAACAAGUGGAUCCACGAGCGUGGGCAGGAAUUCCGGCGACCGUGCGGGCUGCAGCUGGACCACUCGGCGGAAGAGUUCUGAUAGCGGCCGGAGAGAGCAAGUGUCGCACGCGAGCCGCCCGAUAAGUGAAAGCGAUACGAUGCACCAUGACCCGAAACCAAAUUGAAUCUGCCAUAGCGUUUAGUUUCUCCAUGUAACCAGUUUUUUAGGAAAUUUAGUUUUUAAACUUUAGGAUAGUAGAACUCGAGCCUAGAAUCGGCUUAUUACCGUUGUAUUACAGGUUAAGACGGUGAAAUUGCGACCGACGCCAUUAGCAGCCGGCCAGAGCAAUAGGCUGACGCCAUACAUAGUCUAGAUUUUUGUUUUUGGUUCAAUUAACAGCAGACAGAAAAUUAGAUGCAUUUCAGCAAGAAGGUUUCCGACAUGGAAACGCUAUGAAACUUCUCACAACUUCUUGCCAACUCCUUCCAACUUGUUCCUGUAGAAAGGGACAUACCGCAUUACUAACCCCUUUUUUAAAUAGCAGUUAAUAAUUUUACUCGCGAACCUACGAUUAAGCUCGUUUUAUCUAGUGCAACGUUUUGUUCCUCUUACUUACCUUCGCACACCAUCCAUCAUUAGGAAUCAAUUGAAGAAGAGAGCGGAAAAAAUCAUUCAUCAUCAUCUUAAGACGACAACACCAAAAUGGAAAAGAAAAAGUUGAAAAUACUUAAGUCCAUCAGAGCCCGUCAGCGGCGCCUUCUGCCACCGAGGACGAUGGACGAUUUUGCAAACCAUGAGCUAAAGUUUAGCAAGCGGCUUGCAUAGCUGGUCAAUGGCGGAAGGAAAAUGCUGGCCGCACGCUCUGCUAAGCGUCUCAAUGGUUGCUGAUGUGAAACGGAAGUGACAUGAAGAAAGGAACGUACAGCCAACAACAACUAAAUUGCCAUACUAAAAUUGUGAAAUAAAAAUAAUUUUUACGUAAAACUAGCAUA